CUGCGCGGAGCCCGUGGCCGCGCCCGCUCCCGCCGGGGGCUCGUCGCUGGGCGGCCGGGCCAUGGGGGAGGCCGAGGUGGGCGGCGGUGGCGCGGCGGGCGACAAGGGGCCCGGGGAGGCAGCCACCAGCCCGGCCGAGGAGACGGUCGUGUGGAGCCCCGAGGUGGAGGUGUGCCUCUUCCACGCCAUGCUGGGCCACAAGCCCGUCGGUGUGAACCGGCACUUCCACAUGAUCUGCAUCCGGGACAAGUUCAGCCAGAACAUCGGCCGGCAAGUGCCCUCCAAGGUCAUCUGGGACCACCUGAGCACCAUGUACGACAUGCAGGCACUGCAUGAGUCUGAGAUUCUUCCAUUCCCAAACCCGGAGAGGAACUUCGUCCUUCCAGAAGAAAUCAUUCAGGAAGUCCGAGAAGGAAAAGUGACCGUCGAAGAGGAGAUGAAGGAGGAGAUGAAGGAAGACGUGGACCCUCACAACGGGGCCGACGACGUUUUUUCAUCUUCAGGAAGCUUGGGGAAGUCCGCAGAAAAGUCCAGCAAAGACAAAGACAAGAGCAACUCAGACUUGGGGUCCAAAGAGGGGUCGGACAAGCGGAAGCGCAGCCGGGUCACCGACAAAGUCCUGACCGCCAACAGCAACCCCUCCAGCCCCAGCGCAGCCAAGCGGCGCCGGACGUAGACGCUUGCAGUGGCGGCCGCCAUGGUCACCAGGCAGUCAGCGGGCAGAUGCCACCGGCCCCGCUGCCCGCCUUCAGGUACCAGAGGCUCCCAAGGUGCCGCUCAGACCAUCGGGGCUGGGCUGGCCCGCGUCGACCAAGACGGGCCACGCUCAGAGCUGAGAGCCGAGAGGUGAGCCCAGGCCGUGUCGUCUGGGCACGUGGCUCCCAGGGCGUCAGCUUAGCUGCACCGGUGGCCCAGCGUUGGAACGAGCCUGAGGACCAGGCUGCGUGGGCAGGGAGCAGGGCUGGCAGGAGAGGCCUGGCACGGCAAGCAGUAAACACCCUGGGCUUCCCGUCUGUCCAUCUGUCCGCCCGUCAGGCGCCCUCUCGACGGGCUGCGGCCUCAGGAGCGCGCCAGGCCUCAGGCGAUGGCCCCUCCACCACCCGAGAGACUGAGAACUGAGUAUUCUGCCUCAUCCACUUGUACUGUAACGGUGUAUAUAAUUCGGUUGGGAUUUCGCUAUUUAAUUUUUAAGAAGCCUAUUUUACUAGUGUUUUAUAUGAAAAAAAUACUGCGAAGUUAAAUCCGUGUUGUAUUUUUUCCGAGAGGUUUUGUCUUAAGGUGAUGAUUACUGAGCUAACUUUUUGCUCAGUUUUUAUAUGCCAGACACAGAGAAUUUGUAGCGGUUAUUUUUGUAUUAUCGAGCAACUUGCAAACAGACCAAAUGAGUGAGUGGAGGGAGGCAGGACUGUGGGCCCUGCAGCCUGGGCCCCGGGCGGGCUGAAGUGCACUUGCUUUUGACGGAGGGACAUUAAAACACACAAAAGCAA